CGCCCCCUCCCCUCCGGCCACGUUUCCGCUCGCGCCGCGGCCCCUCGGGCGGCACUUCCGCCUGCGGCCCGGGGCGACCCCAGCGCGACCCUCGAGCUCUCGUGCGAGGCCGCGGAGCGCGGAGCCCGGGUCCCGAGGCGCCGGGCGCUCCUCCCCCAACGCUCCCCCUCCCGCCGCGGCUCGUCCGGCCGCCGCCGCCUCUCGCCGUCAAGCGCGGCGUCGGCAAGAUGGCGGCGCCCAGGCCGCCGCCCGCCCGGCUGUCCGGCAUCAUGGUGCCCGCGCCCAUCCAGGACCUGGAGGCCCUCCGCGCGCUGACGGCGCUCUUCAAGGAGCAGCGGAAUCGGGAAACCGCGCCCAGGACUAUCUUCCAGAGAGUCCUGGAUAUCUUAAAGAAGUCCUCUCACGCCGUGGAGCUGGCCUGCAGGGACCCGUCCCAGGUGGAGCAUCUGGCUUCCAGUCUGCAGCUGAUAACAGAGUGCUUCCGGUGCCUCCGCAAUGCUUGCAUAGAGUGCCCUGGGAACCAGAACUCCAUCAGGAACUUGGAUACGGUCGCUAUAGCUGUGGAUUUGAUUCUUCUCUUCCGGGAACUGCGGGUGGAACAGGAGGCGCUGCUGACAGCUUUUCGCUGUGGCCUGCAGUUUUUAGGCAACAUCGCCUCGCGGAACGAGGACUCCCAGGCCGUCGUUUGGGUGCACGCCUUCCCGGAACUCUUCCUGUCUUGCUUAAAUCAUCCAGACAAAAAAAUCGUUUCCUACUCGUCAAUGAUUUUGUUCACAUCCCUUAAUUCUGAAAGAAUGAAAGAACUGGAAGAAAACCUCAACAUUGCAAUCGACGUCAUCAACGCUCACCAAAAGCAGCCUGAGUCGGAGUGGCCGUUCUUGAUUAUUACGGACCAUUUUCUGAAAAGCCCGGAAUUGGUCAAAGCCAUGCACGCCAAAAUGAGCAAUCAAGAAAGGGUGACGUUGCUGGACGUUAUAAUCGCCAAGAUCGCGGGCGAGGAGCCCCUGAGCAAGGACGACGUGCCCGUGUUUCUGAGCCACGCCGAGCUGAUCGCGGGCGCCUUCGUGGCGCAGUGCAAGACGGUGCUGAGCUUGGCCUCCGAGCAGCAUGACGAUGAGGAGGCACUGGCCACGAUCAGGCUCCUGGACGUCCUGUGUGAAAUGACGGCGAGCACGGACCUGCUCGGCCACCUGCAGGGCCACCCCGGCCUGCUGGAGAGGGGCAUCGAGCUUUUACGGCUGAUCCACGCAGCUGGCAAAGUCGGCACGAACGUCUUCAGCUCCUCGGGCCGCGUGAGAGCGGAAGGCGACGUCUCCGGCGUGGCCGAGGGCUUCAAGUCCCACCUCAUCCGCCUGAUUGGAAACUUGUGCUACCGGAACAAAGACAACCAGGACAAGGUCGGCGAGCUGGAUGGCAUCCCCCUGAUCCUGGACAGCUGCAGCCUGGACGACAGCAACCCCUUUCUGACCCAGUGGGCGGUGUAUGCCAUCCGGAACCUUACGGAGGACAACAGCCAGAACCAGGAUCUGAUCGCCAAGAUGGAGGAGCAGGGGCUGGCCGACACGUCCCUCCUGAAGAAGAUGGGCUUUGAGGUGGAGAGGAGGGGCGGCAAGCUGGUCCUGAGAGCCACCGGCGACGGCCCUCCAUCGGUGAGUGCGGCGGAGCGAGCGGCCCCCACCUCCCGGGACCCCAGUGAGUGAACUCUGCAUCCACCCAGCUGAAGUUUCGGCGUCUUUUCCCUGGAUUUCCCAUCUUCGGCCUUACGUGAAAUUCAAGUGUUUGAAGAUCAAGUACAAAUUCAGGGGCUCGUGAUGCUUUUAGAUACUAGCGUUAAAUGUGUUUAAGCUUAGAAGUGAAAGUGUGUGAGUGUUCUCUUGUUUCCCUGCUUUGAAAACGUAGCCGUCUGGUGAGCCGCGGCCCCGCGGAUACAACGUGUGUAAGCCCUGGGCUGCGCUCGCUGCGGCAGCCAACGAGGGCUGUCUGGCGGGGGCCGCCCUGACCUGGCGGAGGCGCGGGCGUUUGCCGGGGUCCCGUUGCUUCCUCCGGACUCCAGUCUGCCUCGCCCCUUUUGUUCUCCUCUUCCCGCUGCAUUUCCCCAGCUCUGCGGGCGGCUGAGGGGGCCCUCGCUGCGAUUGACCCUCAGCAUCUCUUCUCACCCUCCGCCCGUCCGACACAUGACGAGACUCUUUUCCAGCUAAUUAAUUCGAGAGGCGCUGCAGAAUGGCGCUCGCUCCCUCUUCAGUUCGGUGCCGGGCUGUGUUGUCACCGAGCCCCGUCCCCUUGGGGUUUUGCAGGGAGUCAGAGCACAUUGGGGCCAUUAACUCUUUUCAUUCCACAUCCUCCCAGAACCAGACUUCUUAAAACCCAGCCCGUUUAAAAGCGCCUGCCUGUGUUGCUCCCCCAAGAGCCCCCGUGAGGGGCAGGAGGCUUUGCGGUCGGCGCUGAGCGCGGGGCCCCUGGGUUGACGGCACACCGGUGGCUCCUCCUGUUUAAAAAGCGCCUGUCCCGUAGAGGCCGCCGCCCCGUCACUGGGAUUGCAGAAGUAGUUUGGGGAGCGGGAAUUCUUGUGAGCUAGACUGUCCGUGUGUCUUAGUCUGUCUGUGCAUACACUCGCAUCCUAAGUGGGACGGGAGCGGGGGAGCCAGGCCAGGAACGCCACCCAGACCUCUUCGGGGUCCGUGCCCCGAACGCCCAGCACAGCGAACUCCUGCACCAGCCAGGUUGCGGGCUGACGUCCCCGGAGGUUCCGCACGGUGCGCACUGGCCCUUCGGCAUAAAGACGGCAAAGGGCCAGUCGGGCGUGUUCCAAAGAUACUUACUGGGCGUCCGGAGUAAGUGCUGUAAGUCCUUCGUGGCCGUCCUGAAACCACCCUGUACAGAUGGCCCCAGCAUGUUGAGACUGAAAUAAAGGUGUCCCUCCCACUGCA